AUGAAGUUAUCCAGCAAACUGUCUUUAAUUCCUAUCGUUAUCCAUACUGUAGCUAUACUGGCAGCUCGCCUAGGAGGAGGAGUGAAUGGGUUUGGAAGAGGUGGUGUUAACGGCAACCCCAUCGGCAGUUCCAAUCGUAAUGGGGUGGCUCCUAAUGGCCAGUCUGAUUAUGGAAACAAUAAUAAAAACUACCAGCAAGACGGAAACAACGGUCCUGGAUCCCUUGGUUCAUACCAGCAGGGUCAACAAUGGCAGCAAGGACAGCAAGGACAGCAGAGUCAGCAAAAUCAACAAAAUCAACAGGGCCAAUGGGGGCAGCAGGGGCAGCAGGGGCAAAAUUGGCAGGACAAUUCUGCUAACUCCCAAGGAAUCGCUUCCAUCGUGGAUUCUAUACAGUUUUCCAAUCAACAGGUCAAUGCGGUGAAUCGCGCGGUACGAAGUAUAAGGGCUGGGGGCACCAUCGACCACCUCGACUCGACGCUACAGUCAUUGUCAACAUCUAUAAAAACAGCCUCUACUGCUAUCAAUGCAGCCGGGUCGCUCAAUACCGGGGAUCUCCAGUCACUAAAAGUAGCAAUUCAACCCCUCCAGCGGUCCAUUGGCACUUUAGUUACACAACUUAUAGCAAGAAAAGCUAUCAUAGCACAGCUUUGCGCAUGCCGUGUUAUUGAGGGUGCUUUCAACAAUAUACAAAGCUCUUCGCGAGUUAUGUUUGACCGUAUCAAGACAGGCUCGCGUCGCGGAGGUCGUUCGCUUGAAGGACGCGGUUUCAAUAUUUUGCACCCUUUGGAUUCGGGAAUCGCCAGCUUCCUCAACCAGGGAUCUACCGCUUUUGGCUUUAGUAAUUGCAUUGACCAGAACGUAGGAGAACACAGCAGCUACACCACAAGCUCAUAUUACAGCACAUAUGGCAAUACAUAUGGAAAUACAUACAGCAGCACAUAUGGCAGCACAUACGGCAGCACAUACGGCAGUACAUACGGCAGCACAUGGGGCAGCACAUAUUUGCCAGAGACCAUGACGGCUACUGCAACAGUAGAGGUUACAUAUACAGUGACAGAGACAGUGAUUAACACUUCGUGGUACACAGAGACAGCCACCCCCUCAUGGUCAAGCGUAUCUUCGAGUUACUACAACGGCGGAAAUAGCGGAUCAUAUGGGUCAGUAAUCACUGCUACUGCCACUGUUAACCCGACGGUCUCAACGGUCACCUCAACUAUUACAAGGACGAAUACUUUGAGUGGAUCUGGGCAAGGAACAAGCACGUUCACCUCGACGUUGACGAGUACAUUCACGUCUACUUUUGCUGUUACGUCUACGUCGACGGGCACUGUGACCAUAGAAGGUACCGCAACUGCGGCAAGCGCAAGCGCAACUAGAAGCACAGGCAGUACAGGCAGUACUGGCAGUACUGGCAGUACCAGCGACGAAGUAUCUGCUGCCACAGUUACAGGCACAGGCACAGGAACAGGCACAGUCAUAGGCACAGUUGCUGGUACAGUUACUGGUACAGUUACAGGUACAGUUACAGGUACAGUUACGAGUCCAGUUACGAGUCCAGUUACGAGUCCAGUUACGAGCACCAUUACGGUCACGCAGGCCGCAUCAAGCGCAAGCACAUUCAAUGGCCGAACAUUCACAUUCACCCAAUCAGGGUCGGUGAGUACCGUUGUGAUUGACUCCACAGGCGGCGUGGUCUCAUCGAGGAGCGGUGCUAGAGCGACGCGGACUGCUUCGGCAGAUACGAAUACAGUGCAGGCUACGAUUACUAUCACCAGAGAUCCAAGCACUUCUACGUGGAUGACUAAUCACAGAGCCCCAGACCGCAUCUACUUCAGCUCCCCGCACAACUACAACAACGGUCACAUCGCGGAACGGGAGCUCAUCCAGGGUUCCGCCGAACUACACACUCUUAGGGGGUAUCUUGGUGGCGGUGUUCACAAGGUUAUUGCUGUGAGUCAGUAUGAAUCUAGAGAUGAAUCCAGAGACGGAAACCUAUUGGGAAUAUGUAAAAGCUUGGGAAGAUGA